AUGGCAACGCAGGCGUUUGGUAGCACCGAGAUGGAUACACUGUCGCCGGACCAGCUCGAUGCGCUCGAUCCGGUCAGCGCGGGCCUUCCGUUGCCGCUGCGCACCCGCUACUCGGAAGAGGACUUCCACGUUCUGUCGCAGAUCGGGUCUUGGCUCGCGACGCAAGAGGUCAAAGCCAAGACCCACGCGGAAGCCAUCAAAGAGUCGCACCGAAAGGUCCAAUCCGUCGACGGGUCGAGCCCCGACGACGUGGUGACGGUGCAGACACACGUCACGAUGCCAAUGCCGCUCGUGCCGUCGCGCGCCAACGCCGUGCCGCCGAUAUGCCGUGCGUGGGUGCUCCUGCAGUGCCGCAGGAGCGACUGCAAGCGACGCCAUUACUACAUCUCGCACGCCGAACGGGAGGCCAUGACGUUGUGGCAAGAAGAUCUCGAGGCCAACCUCGAUUUGACGGCGCUCAAGGCCAUCGCGGCGCGCGAGCUUCUCAUCGAGCAGGCGCGCGCGAUCGGUGCCAAGGCCAUGUCCAAGUACCAAGCCAACUUGGUCCACGAGACCAAGAAGCAAGUGCAGAAGCUCGUGCAUGCUCUCAACGCGCUUCGACUCGCCAACGUGCGGGUUGUCGAGGCGAUUGUGGCGUGGCGCACGCACGUCCAGGCCUCCGGGCGUCUCUCGAUGCUCCAUGCUGCUACCGACAACGCUUCGUCGCUUGGCUGGAGCGUGAGCAUCACCGUGCUCACGGGUAAAUAUCUCUAUCGCGGCUCCAACGCCUUUCUCUCCAAAAUCAAACGCUAUUGCCGCGACGCCGACGUGCAUGGUGAAAAGGAGACCCAAGUGCGGUACCUAGGGUGCUAUCCGACCAAAGUCCAAGCCGAAGCUGCGUACGACAGUGCGGUCGUCUCGGAGGCGCGGCGCUUGCACACAACAGUCGACCACAUGCCCCGAAAGCGGUAUGUGUUUCUCUCGUGCGGCGCCCACUGUGCGAUCGAGAGCGAUGUCCGCCACUGCUCGAGCGCCAGGACGGUCUGCGUUGAAUGCCGCACCCGCGCGCAAACCAAAGUCGAACCGUGGAUACCGACGUAUAUCUGGCACAACGUCAACUACCUUCUCAAGAUGGGCUCGGACUUGGGCUUUUUAGAGGCCAUUACACCCUUGCGCCUCUAUGUCGGUCCGUCGUUUCCGCUCGACGGCAACCCUUUCUUGAUCCCGACCGAGACGCCGCGUGACGCCCAGCGCUUCCUCGAGCUCGCCGUACCGACGUCGGCGCCCAACGAGCUCCUACCGACCGCUGUCUUUACGCGCCACGCCGACAAUCUCGUGACGUGGACGCACCCUGAGACGGACGCGACGCAUGUGGCCAACCCGCACCACCUCGUACGCUUGACCUCGGAGAAUAUCCAGAUGCAGUACGAAGUGCUCGACAUGCCUCGGCUCGUUGAAGCACAGAAAGUCUACCUGCGCGAACUUGGUCGCAACAACCUCGAUACGUCAUGCGAUGCAGCGACGCAGGACGCGCUGAGGACGCCGUCGACGCUGCCGCUGGACGAAGACCCGACGACCCGCAUCGUCCAGGCACUGUACUGGGACCGCUGUGCGGCUCUGCGCAUCGAGCAAGUGCGCCCGCCCCGCGCGUACAAGCUCAAAAACGUAUGGUGCCGCACCGACGUUGGCGAGUGGGCUGGCUUUCGCGUGCGCGGCAAGCACAUCCGGCACCACGCGUUCGAGUCGAAACUCUGCGAGACGGGAAAGAAGAACAUUCAAACGCGCGCGGCCUUUGUGGCGCGGCUGCGGAGCUACAUGCAGCAGCCACUGGAAGCGCUCUCGCGGCGAGAGAUGGUCGAUCUCCUUGCCGAAGCCGAGGUGAUGCGCGGGGACUUGGUCCACUUGGAGGCCGAGAAUUUGCGGCGAUUUUUGGCAAAGUACGAUGCGAUGACGGCGGCCGCGUGGACCCUGCAGCUGUGGUGGCGCCGGACGCUCGCACGCUGGAUCGCACGCCUUCGAGCGCUCGCACUGCGCACGCUGGCCCACGCCCGACGCCAGUUUGAACAAACCGUCACCAGCGUCGCCAACGUGCUGUACGCGGCCGUCGUGGCCACCGCGACCCAGCGCGUGAUGCAGCGCCUCCGCGACGGCGUCGUAUCGACCUGCCUCAAGCUGGAUGGCGAGCACGUCAUCGUGACAUACCACUCGAUGGACCACUACGAUACGACGAACGAUGACGUCAAUCAUCAGCGGACGCCGUGCAGCCACUGCUUACGCAUGGCGUACCAUCGCAGCGUGCAGCUUCAGAGCUUUUGCUUUCGCCAAGAGAGGAGCCUCUGCUACUGUGGCAAGCGCCGGGAGCCCGAGCGCAUCCUCGUGCGUGCGUACAACCCUGCGACGAACGAUGUCUACCGACUUCUCAUUGGCAACGAGCAACUGCGCCAGCUCGUGCGCCCGCAUGUCGACGGCAACGUCCGGCGCGCGUGCGACUUGCUGUCGCUGCCGACAGAUCGCAUACUAGGGUACGACCUCAAAGCCAUCGGUGGGCGGCCGCGCACGAGCUGGGACCCGAUCCGCGAGGCUGCGCGGGCCCACCAAGUCGCGAGCGCGGUCGAGACCCUCGCCGCGUCCCGAGAGGCGCAUGCAGCGACCACAUCAACACACUAUAAUGCGUGGCGGGCGCUGCAUACCGACACGUUGCACCGCAAAAAGCAUGCGUGGAACUGGUACCAAAAGGCACUCGCUCAAGUCGAGCGGUCCAUGGACACCCUCGCGUCGGCGACAGUGCACGCCAAGGAGGCUGUAGCGUUCUCAGAGAAAGGCCGGACGACCUUUGCCGGCGAAGCGUCGUGGGAUCCGCUUGAGAACGCCAACAACUGGCGCCUCCUCGUCGCGAAGCGGCAGUCGGCGCGCGACGUGGUCGAGAAAGAAGCGCAGUUCCAAGCCGCUCGAACGGCGUGGUUUCACGCCGAAAUGAACGAGGCGAGCGCACGGGCCCUCACGGCCCACGCCAAAGAGCGCUACGAUGUCGUCGCGGCCGAAGCCAAGCGCACGCGGCUGCUCGCCAACGACUACCGCGCGAUGGCGACAGCCGCACGGCUCAUGCUGCGAGCCACGACGCGCGUCCUCAACGCGCUCUUGACGCUGCGCCAGUAUGCGCCCGUGCCCAUCCGCCGCACGCUGCUGCUGCUGGACGGCCCCGUCUUGCAGCACUACCAUGGACGACCCACGGCCCUCCACGCAGUCGUGAGUCGUCGCCGAUUCGCCUACAACCUGCUCGCGGCAAGGGCACGGAUGGUGCGUAUGGACCCGAUUCCAUACGACGCGAGGCGGCAAGAGCUCUGGAUGCUGCAAGUGCGCAUGCUGGCCGAGUCGACUGCGUGCGACGAAGGCGUCCUUGUCACAGCGUACCGUCCGCACGACGCCAAGACGGUCGACACAUGGGUCGAGUGGCGAUUUCUUCACUUGCUCGUCGACUGCCCGCGCUUCCGAGACCCCGACAUGCCCAUCUUCGAAGCGCAGCAUGCGAUCGCAGCGUCCAAAACGCGUCACGGCAAUGCCAUGAUGCAGAAGCGGCUCGUCAUGACGGCCCGGGCACACAUUCUAAUGGCGCUUAUGCGUCUCAAUUCGUUCACGGCCGAGAUUGAUGUCGGGCGGCUGGCGUAUUUUCGCCUGCGCGAAGUGCUGCACCGACGGCUGCUGCAAAGUCAUUGGUGGCACGACGUGCUCGCAGGUCGCAAGCGCGGCCGCGGCGACGAGGUCUACCGGCAAGCGGCCAAUAUUGACGGACGCCGGUGCCACGUGCUCAUCUUUGAAAACUAUGGCGACAUUCGAAUCCAAGUGUACGAGCCGCGGCGUCGGAAUCACUGGACACUCGUUGUCCCGCUCGUCUCGUCCAUCGAUGCGCUGCGUGCUUCGCCCGAGAAGCUCAGCCACUGGCUCGCGUGUGUCCGCACCAACAAGUACUCGGACGCGGUAUUUCAACCGCUCUUGCAGCACUUGACGAUCCAUGCGACGAACGGGCUCACGUUUGCGCGGCCGCGAGCCAAGAUUGUGUGGCGCGGUGUCCGUUUUGUCUGCAACCGCUACCUCCUCGUCACGAUCCGCCAAGACGCGUGGCUUGGCCUCCGACUGAGUGUGGGGAGCGAAAACCACGCCGACGCGCCGAUUCGAGGAGAGACGUCGAUCGAUGCCCACGGCUGCCGCGUCUUGUUUCCGACCAUGGCACCUGGCGCGGACAUGUAUACCAAGCUGGCCGAUAUGGUGACGUUGACGCCAUCAUCUACGCACAUGUCAACGGACGGGGAUGCGCUCGCGGCCGCGAUUUCGGCCUUCAAUUCGUGGAUCGAGACCACCACACGCUGGCGCAAUCCGCUGAGCCCGGUGGAUUCGGGCACAGCGCGGCUAUGGGCCUGCCUCCUUGACGCCAAGAAGCUGCGGCAACCGCUCUCGUCAGCAGCCACUGUAGUGCUAACGCACGAGGUUCCGCUGCACGACAAGAUGCGUCGGUGUGUAUAUGCAGCUGACUACAUUCUCGAUGCAAGUCGCGACAUGCAAGCCAAAAUUGAAGUGUGGCCUCGCCACGGCGCCAUGGUGCUCCGCCUGCGGCGGGAGCUCUUUCAUGAGUGGGAAGCGCGCCAGGAAGGCAAGCAGCGGGCCGCCAUGGCUACCGAGGAAGCGCGCACGCACCUCUCGAUCCUCCAUGCGCGGCGCAGCGACAUUCAAAGGACGCUGCGACAGUACCAACGCCGGCUGCGGGAUCUUCAAAACGACUUGGUUGCGUCGACAGUGGCCGUGGCAUCGGUCUUGGAGACACAGCACCGGCGGCAGUGUACCCUCCUUGCGAUGCAGUACAUUCUGACGAUGGCGGUGCACGAAGUCGUCGGUGGUGACCGAGCGCCGAAAGCGUAUGCACUCCGCGUCGGUCACAACAUCGAAUGGCUCGAGACGCCGCCGUAUGUAUCGAGCUGCGUCUACCUCAAGCCCACCACGACCAGCUAUGAGCCCAACACGGCCGCCACGCUGGCGACGACGGCAAUCGUCGGCGCGUUUUCUCGACCGCUGCAGUUCUUUGUCUACAUCUACGUGACGGAUGCAAGCGAGGUUUGGCGCGUCGACGCCUACUGCAAGACCAUUGGUGUUCUUUUGACCCAUUUUAUAUCGGUCGCCGCCUUUGUCCAUGAGGUCGAUUAUCACCUGCCAGCGCUGCCUCCAAUCGAAAUGAACGCCAAGGCACUUUCGUGGCUCGCACAGUGUUCGGUCGCUCCUCCCGACGCAUCCGCGACGAUGGCCGAGCUCUGGACCCAUCUGGUCGGCGUACGAUCCGAGCGGUCGUUUCUGUCCCACACCCUCCAGCGCCUCACCGCGCUCGAGGAUGUGCUUGAACGCGCGCUCGCGGUCGUCGACACCGCACUAGCCCUAACCCUGGACGAUAUCGACCAGUUGGCGGACGCCGACGUGGCGCCGUACUUUUAUAUGCUGUGCGAUCCCGAUGCGCUUCCAACGACGACGACGACGACGACGACGACGACGACACAUACCAGCAGCGUUGUGAGCGAACACACUCUAAGCCUGCAUGCCAUGACGGAGUACGGAAUGCUCCUCCACGCCGACAUCUCGCUUGGUAUCGAAGAGGUCUUUGCCGAUCUAUGGACGCCGGACGUGGCUGCGUCCGUGCUCGCAUCGCCCGAUGUGAAAGCGAUCCCGGCACUGCACGGUACGCUCUUCGCAGCAUCGUCCGGAUCAAACGUCAAUCUCCGAGCAACGACGCUCGCCAACGUCGUCGUGUAUGGCCCUGCCAUCUACACGACGACGUCGCACGUGUUUCAUGAUCUCGUGCUGGCGACGCAGUGGACGUCCGACACGGUGAAGAAGAAGGCGGUGGCUCGCCGCGGCGCCCCGUGGCGGGCCUACGCCAGCGACCGCAUGCGGCUCGCGCGGGCCGCCAAGCCCAACCAAUCGCAUCUGCCGCGCCCCGCGGUGGUUAUUGCGACCCUCGACGAUGGCGGACCGCCCAGCACGGAACUCUUGACGCUCGGCCAGUACGCCGUGUCCCGCAAAGCCUUCGAGCUGCUCGAAGGGUAUGCGAGGCAGGUCGACGGCGGCGCCAUGUCGCUGCAUCAGCACGCAGUGCAACGCGUUCUCGAUGCCAUAUCGGUGGAUGCUCAUGGCUCGGGCGUCCUUUCUACGAAACCACUGGACCUCGCACGCGUCUAUUCCGGCACCCUUUCCGUGCCGCUCGACCAACCCAGCAAGAGAGACAACGAAGGAUCGCCCGAUGACGUUAUCACACCCAGCGUGGUACGACUGCGCGUCGAUGUACGCGUCAACAAUGUCGCGCACCCGACAGCGCUUGUCGUUGACGCAUAUGACGACGAUGCGUCAUCACGUGCCCACGACUACCGCGUCACGAUUGGUGUCGACGAGAUGCGCGUCCUCGUGCCGCGACGGCCCGUGCACGGCGACGCGUGGGCCGCCCUGGCCGUCCACUGCCUUGCGCAUCUGACGCUCUGUCAACGCAACGGCCGGCGGUGUCUUGCCUUCUUGGCGUCGACGCGGUCGCCACCGGUGACGAGCAUCGCCCCACCGACUGCCAUGCGUGUGCCCCACCCCUUUGUGGCGUUUCUGCGCCCCGUCGCUCCGUUCACACAGGUCGACGCGCUGGCCGAGACCAUGGUGCUGGCGCGGCUGCAAAAGCACACGCUGUCGUCGGUCCAAGCGCGCAUCGCGGCGCGGCAACGGUCCUUGGCCCUGCAGAGCGCCAAGGCCGCGCUCGAGUGGGCGGGCAUGGAAGCGUCCGACGCCGAGUCAACCGCCGAUCGAGGCUUCUUGACACUGCCCACCAAGUCCUUGCACAAGCUCAAGACAGCGUACGACAAGGCGAUGGCCAAGGCGGUGGCAACCGACGUCGGUCGCGCGCGUGCCUUUUGGCGGUCGCUGGCGUCGACUUUGCACUUGCCCGACGACGUGUUGCCGGCGGCGCUGACCGUCGGCUUGCCGUCGUUCUACGUCGUCGCCGAGCUAUGGCGGCAGUACUUGGUGACACCUCCACAAGCGACACCGGAGGGUGCCCCGUAG